AUGCAUCAGGUGAAAGAAAGCCGCGGGAGACCGAUGCCGUCUAAACAUUACGUGUCUUUGCGUGUUUGCGUAUGCGGAAGCAGCGGUCAGGGGAACAGUCGAACCAACAGACGGGCUCUCAAGGCUGGACAGCACACCGCUUCGUGUGUAGAAUCGUAUUUUUAUCGGCUACAUCGAGACGGGGUGGUGGUGGAUGGUAGAGGGGGCCAAAUGAGGGAUUCGGAUACGAUGAACUACGCCAGGAAAGACGGGAGUAUGGCAGCAGACGGAAUCCGAGGACCGGGUGAGCUGCAAAUGGCCCCCUCUGUUAACCACAACCAGAAUGACAGCGGCGCCGGUGAUGAGCUGGUGAGCUCGGUGACGUUGUACAGACGGAGGCCCCGGCUGCUACAUGGCACUGUUCUCCCGUUUCUGGCUGUUCUCUACCCUGGCUGGGUGUACGUGUGGUUAGGAGUAUACGGUACCUCCGAGUAUCCAGAGGCAGGCCUCCUUGCGUUAGCCGCUAUCGGGAUCGCGCACGUCCUCACGGCACUCUCUGGAUAUUGGUCCGUGCACGUGCAUUGUUGGCUCACUUGUUCUAAGGAGCCAGACCCCAACCUGGCUACGCUGGCAAAGGUCAUUCCAAUGCCCAACAAUGGUUCUGCUGAGCUUGUCACACUACAGAGGAAUCAGGAUGAGAAUGGAGAAAAGACCUUAUCUUUUGAGUUUCAGAAGAUCCGUUACAUCUUUGACUACGGAGAGAAGAAAUGUUUUUUUCCAGUGGCAUUCCCCAUUAGCUACCCAAUGGGCUACUUCCAGUCAUGGCGUGGAUACCAGGAAGAAACUGAGCUCAGAGUUGCAGAAAAGCAAUAUGGCACCAAUCGGGCAGAGAUGAUGGUGCCAGAUUUUCUGGAGCUCUUUAAAGAAAGAGCAACCGCUCCUUUUUUUGUUUUCCAGGUGUUCUGUGUCGGGCUGUGGUGUCUGGACGAAUACUGGUACUACAGCGUUUUUACUCUCUUCAUGCUGGUUGCAUUUGAGGCCUCCCUGGUCCAACAGCAAAUGAGGAAUAUGUCAGAGAUACGUCGCAUGGGAAACAAGCCCUACAUGAUCCAAGUGUAUCGCAACAGGAAAUGGAGACCUAUUUCUAGUGGUGAGCUAGUUCCUGGAGACAUUGUCUCUGUAGGACGCUCACCCCAGGAUAACUUGGUACCCUGUGAUGUGCUGCUACUCAGGGGACGCUGCAUUGUGGAUGAGGCCAUGUUGACUGGAGAGUCGGUCCCACAGAUGAAGGAGCCAGUAGAGGACUUGGAUCCAGAGCGAAUUUUGGAUCUUCAGACAGACUCUCGCCUGCAUGUCAUUUCGGGUGGAACAAAAGUGGUCCAGCAUACUCCUCCUUUAAAGACCAGCGCUGGACUAAAGCCUGUAGACAACGGCUGUGUGGCCUAUGUACUGAGAACAGGGUUCUAUACCUCUCAGGGUAAACUGUUAAGGACCAUUCUCUUCGGUGUAAAGAGAGUGACGGCAAACAAUCUGGAGACGUUUAUCUUCAUUCUCUUCCUCCUUGUGUUUGCCAUUGCUGCUGCUGCAUAUGUGUGGGUAGAAGGAACCAAGGAUCUCACACGGAAUCGCUACAAGUUGUUUUUGGAGUGUACUCUUAUUCUCACUUCAGUGGUUCCACCAGAACUUCCAAUAGAGCUUUCUUUAGCAGUUAACACAUCUCUCAUUGCCUUGGCUAAACUCUAUGUAUUCUGCACAGAACCCUUCAGGAUACCGUUUGCAGGGAAAGUAGAGAUUUGCUGCUUUGACAAAACAGGAACUCUGACCAGUGACAGCCUGGUGGUUCGAGGUGUAGCAGGCCUCAGAGAGGGAAAGGAGGUGAUGCCUGUAUCUGAGAUCCCAGUUGAGACGCAUAGGGUAGUGGCUACCUGUCACUCACUGGUUACACUGGAUGAUGGGCAACUGGUGGGAGAUCCAUUAGAGAAGGCCAUGUUAACUGCUGCUGACUGGACGCUAACUAAAGAUGAAAAGGUGUUCCCACGAGGCAUCAAAACACAGGGACUCAAAAUCCACCAGCGUUUCCAUUUUGCCAGUGCUCUGAAAAGGAUGUCUGUGUUGGCUUCUUACGAAAGGCUUGGGUCCACUGAACUUUGCUAUAUCUCAACUGUGAAGGGUGCUCCAGAGACACUUAGAGGAAUGUUCACAGAAUGUCCAGAAAAUUAUGACCAAGUUCACAGAGAAAUGUCACGGGAAGGGGCAAGAGUCCUGGCCCUAGGUUACAAAGAAAUUGGACAUCUUAGUCAUCAACAGGUCCGGGAGAUAAGUCGAGGUGCGUUGGAGUGUGAUCUUCAGUUUGCUGGUUUCAUGGUUGUUUCUUGUCCACUUAAGAAUGACAGCAAGGCUGUGAUCCAAGAGAUUCAAGAAGCAUCUCAUCAUGUGGUGAUGAUCACAGGAGAUAACCCUCUAACUGCAUGUCAUGUUGCAAGAGAGCUCCACUUUAUCCAGAAGGAGCAUACACUUAUAUUACAACCAAGCCCCAAUCAGGGUCAGUGGCAUUGGGAAUCCAUUGAUGGAACUGUAUCUGUUGCACUGCCCCCACCUUCAGUUUCUUCGUUUGUACAUCAGUUUGACUUGUGUGUAACAGGAGAAGGGCUGGCCAGGUUAGCCUGUGAUCCCCACCUACUCCACACGCUGUUACCACAUAUACAAGUGUUUGCUCGUGUCAGUCCAAAGCAGAAGGAAUUUGUAAUCACCAGUCUGAAGGGACUUGGUUAUGUGACAUUGAUGUGUGGUGAUGGCACAAAUGAUGUAGGAGCUCUUAAACAUGCUCACAUAGGGGUAGCCCUCUUAGCCAAUGCCCCCGAGCGCUUGCCUGAAAAAAAGAAGCGGGUUAGAGAAAAGGAGACAGCAAUAUCCGACUCCAGGCCUGUACCACCUGUUAGUUCCAGUGUCAAACUGAGCUCCAGGGCAGCCAGACAGCGGGUGAUGGCACAGAGGGAGGAGCAGCUUGCAGCACAAAAGGAAAGGAUCAGUCAAGUACUACGUGAGCUUGAAGAGGAUCAAGUACAAGUAGUUAAGCUGGGUGAUGCUUCUAUUGCUGCUCCCUUCACGUCAAAACUGUCCUCCAUUCAGUGCAUUUGCCAUGUAAUAAAACAAGGUCGCUGCACUCUGGUGACAACGCUCCAGAUGUUCAAGAUUCUUGCUCUCAAUGCACUAGUGCUUGCCUACAGUCAGUCUGUCCUCUACCUCGAAGGAGUCAAAUUCAGUGACUUUCAAGCGACUCUGCAAGGCUUGCUUUUGGCUGGAUGCUUUCUCUUUAUAUCUAGAUCAAAGCCUCUGAAAACAUUGUCUCGAGAGCGACCUUUACCAAACAUCUUCAAUCUAUAUACAGUGUUGACUGUGCUGCUGCAGUUUGCUGUUCACUUCUGUAGUCUUGUGUACCUUUAUAAAGAGGCACAAAGCAGAAGUCCACCAAGAGCGGAGCAGUUUGUAGAUCUGUAUAAAGAAUUUGAACCCAGUCUAAUUAACAGCACUGUGUACAUAAUGUCAAUGGCCAUGCAAAUGGCUACCUUUGCCAUAAACUAUAAGGGUCAUCCAUUCAUGGAAUCUCUCAGUGAAAAUCGACCGCUACUGUGGAGCAUCGCAAUAUCAGGUUUAGCAAUUGUUGGGCUUCUUACUGGUUCCUCUCCAGAGUUCAAUGAACAGUUUGCUCUUGUAGAUAUCCCAACUGAAUUCAAAUUAAUAAUUUCCCAGGUUCUGGUGGUGGAUUUUGUUGCUGCUCUGCUUGUGGACCGUCUCCUGCAGUUCUUCCUGGGCAAAGGAACUCUCAGUGUGCCUUCUUGAACUCAGUGCCAACAGCAAAUGCGGCCCUGAUAACCAAACUGUAAAGGGACAGAAGACUUUGGAAGAGGAAGAACAUUACAGCUGUUGUUCCAAACACAAGGCAGCAGAGAUAGUCAUGGCAUGUAGGACUGUUCACUCUGUGUAUCCCCUUCUUUGUCCUACUCUGCUCCUCCCAAACUCUGUGGGUCUGUUUUUUCAUUUGCUUUGUUUUAAUUCUCACGUUUUUUAUAACUUUCCUUUUUUCUAUAUUUCUCAUUUUGUUUUUCCCUGCCCACUCGUGAAAGGCCAUGAAGACAGCAGUAUUGAAUGGAGUUUCAGAUUGUGCUACCCAGAGUGAAACCUACAGGCACAAAAAAGGGCAUUCUCUAAGAGAAUCGCAAUAGUGUUUUGAAUUUGUUUUUCCUUCCUUGUUUUUGUAAAAAGUGAAAAAGAAAUUUAACAGACUUAUAAAGAUUUAAACUUGAAAAUUCUUAAUUUAGAUUUUUUUUGUGUGUGUGUGUGUUUGUGUGUGUUUUUUUUUUUUUGUAUUGUGAGAAUGUAAUCCUGUCUAUCUGGUAACGGCCAUUCUUUUUGCUGGGAAUUGGUAUGUAUAGGAUGAGAAUACAAUGUAUUUACAUUACAUGGGAACAUUAUUAUUUAUCUAAGGGCAUUCACUCUGCAAGUGAACCGCUCCACGGUCUGAAAAAACCGUGCUGAGACUUGCAGCUGUCCAAAUCGAGGUCCGUAAAGGGGUUCAUACUGGCAUUAUUCACUCCAGAAACAGGUAUCUGGCACGGUACCAAGCGUUCCAAAGGUUUGGUGUGUGACCACCUAAAGUGUCUAUAUCAUAGGAUGAACCAUUCUGCCCAAAAACUAAAGUACUAUUUCCUUAAGCAUGAGUGAUCUGAACGACGAGAAGCUUAUAAGCAUUUUUUAUUGGCCAAAUUAAGUAAACUUCCAAUGUAGAUUCUAAAUGUUCUGCAACAGAAAGAACAAUUACCUGUAACAAACUUUUACCUGUAUACAUUUGUAUUAAAAAUGUGGAAUGAU